AAAAUAAACACACAUUUUAGCGGGUAAACUUCAAAAUUACAACCGGCGCUACUUUGUAUCGAAUUUGGAGUCGCGCUGAACUGAACUCCCCGGAAAACGCAGCCGGAGUUGGUCGUCGGCCGGCAAAUUCAUUCAUUAAGUCAUCCAGGUGGAGUUGGUCAUCCUAUGCCGCCAGUAACAAAGGUACAACCUCAAAUGAAAAUUUCCUCCUUCCAUUCAACACUGGUGCUGUUUGGGAAAAGGCAUCAAUACUUCUGGUAAUAUUAAGUUACCAUUACCAGAGAUUCCAUAUCUGAGAUGCAAUUAAAGAUCAGCAAUUUUUUCAAAUGUCCCUCCAAUUCCACUCCCACACCCACAUCCCUCGCCUACGACGACCACCAUGACAAUGAUUUGUCUAACUGGGACUGGGAGAACAAACAACACCAUAUUUUAAACACUUACCGCCGGACCCGUAAUAACCCUAAACCGGUUGCUUCACCUUCCACCAUAAUCAGAAAACCGGUGGUGAAGAACAAAAAGAGGAGCUAUGCGCAGUUCCAUUUGGAUUUUGGCCAAUCCGAUUUCUUAUUGCGUGCGUGUUCCACUUGUGGUGUUGAGUUCACUCCCGGCAAUGUAGAAGACGAGAAAUCCCACGCGCAAUUUCACAAACGUUACACGCAAGGAAUCCAAUUCAGAGGUUGGACCAAUGAAAGGGUUAUCUCUUCUCACAAAGGUGGUCAAAUUGUUUUGGUAUUGGGGACUGACCCAUCUUCUCACAGAAACAAGGCUGAAGAAGUUGUAAAGAUGAUGGAAAUUGAGUUGGGAAGUGGGUGGAUAGGUCAUCAACACUGUAAGGUCUAUUUGUUCGUUUCUCUCCAGAGGAUUGUUGGGUGUGUGGUUGCAGAACCAAUCAAAGAAGCAUUCAGAAUUGUGUCUUGCUCAAUUGCUGGGCAUUCUGAUAGUGCAAAGAAAAGGAAAACAAAGCCAAGUCCAACCACUCUCCAGUUUGGGAAUAUUGUUUUUCAAAGGAAAGUCGAAAAAAGAGUUGUGAAUGUCAGUGAUUCUGAGAUGAUGGAUGGUAGGGCAAUCUUUUGUGAAAAUGAACCCGUUGCUUCUGUUUGUGGCAUUAGAGCCAUUUGGGUUACUCCCUCCAACAGAAGAAAACACAUUGCUACCCAAUUGCUGGAUGCUGUGAGGAAAAAUUUCUGCACGGGCGUGGAGUUUGAACCAGCUCAGCUAGCAUUCUCUCUGCCAACCUCAGUUGGGAAGGCAUUAGCAUAUAGUUACACUGGCACUGAAUCAUUCUUGGUGUAUAAAGCAGUGCAACGAGGGAGCCGAAGCAGCUGUGGAAGUGGGGAGUCUCAUGUCAUUGAAGCCGGAGAUCAGAGUUUAAAAGUGUAAGAUAACACGCUCUUCUCUUUCUGUCAGAAAAUGCUUACACUAAACAUGUAGUACCCCGGUGAUGUAAUGGCAGUAGAGUAAGAUAUUUCAUAUGCACUUGAAAAUUUGAAAUUGUAUUUGUAUAUGUUAUGCUGAGGGACGUUUCAACGUUCAUUUGUCACAUAUUAUUUGGGUAUCGGUGAAGGAUGCUAUAUAAGGUUGGAAGCAAUUGAUUCUGUUCACUUUUGUUUCAUGAAA